AUGGAAGUUGAUGGUGAAAACGGUCCGGCGAAGCUUAAGGUUAAAUUCGGAAAGGGAUGGAUGGGAAAAGGUGCUGAAAUCCACAGGGUAAACAACCUUAAGGGAGAACCAAAAGGCAUCAUGGUUCUCAUCACCAUUUCGGAAUCCACCUAUCCGUACGACUGCUGUAUCGAAACCCAAAAGAAUAAGAAAGACGGAAUCUGUAUAGGUAUACCAACAGAAAUCACCCGCCUUUACACCCACCCCGACCUUCUACACAGAGCAGAGCGACAAGAGGAAGCAGAAGAAAUGGAUGAAAUACAGAGGGAGGUCGGGGAAAUAUCGUACGAGGUAUUGAACUGGGAGAAGGAAACGCUGGAUGAUAUGCAAAUAGAGGCUGAAAUGGAAGAAGCCUUACAUGGUCAGAUUGAUUAAGGUUGCCAAGUAGUGACCUGGCGAGGUUGUUAAAUCCAGAACACGCAACUGCGGAUCCUCUGCCUUACAAACAGAAUCAACAUCGACAAGGUAAAAGCUUCUAUAUAAAUAAAGGACACCUUUUCUCAUACGUCCGAAUGUCUGGAAGACUUGGGAGUAUUCAUUGUUUUUUUCAAACCUUAUUGGUCUGGAAAACAGAAUCAACCUUAGAAUCACUUUAUAGAUAAACUUUUUCUAUAUAAUAAAAUAAUGAAUACUUCUAACCCAAGUAUUCCAAUUUCGGACAGAAAGUUCGCAUCUAUUGAGCGGAUGAAAACUAACGUUUUGGAAAAGGCCCGGGAAAGAGGCCUAAAAAUUGAAGAAAAAUUAAAAACCACUUCCACGAAUUACUCAAGAAGGAAAAGAGAAAGGCAAUCGGAAAGGAAGUUAAGACUGUUGCAAGGCAAUUCCAAAGACGAAGGAAGCAAACCGAGGCUGAUGCAAGAAAGGCGAUAAAGGAUACAAAGAAAUGGAAAAGCGAUAUCACCAAAGAAGAGAAAAGACGGCGAAAAGAAGUCACGGACUGGAAAGCCGAGGCACAAAAGUGGAAGAAGGAAUCCCAACGGUUACGACGAAACGCAUGGCCUCGUGAAAGGCGAGCUGAGGAGAACCGUAGGAUUCCAGAGGGCAAGUGGAAAGGUAAAAAGAAGUUUGCCCGUCUUCAGCUAAAGGUGGGUGAUAAGUUAAGUAAAAUUUGGGAUAGGUCGAUGGAAAUCCUGAAACCCAUCCUAGCCAAGCAUGCCAUCAAGAAAAAGGUAAAGAAGUAUGUUAUCAAUCCCAAAGGCGCGUACGAUCCAUCCUACUUCCUAACCACCACGAAAGAUGAGGUUAAAACGGAACCCAGAAACGUAAGGAUGUCCUUGGCUUGUGAAAUGGUAAGAAGCGACCCGAAAACCUGGGAAGAAGUGUCAACCAUCGCUCACUUUGGGUCAAAAAACCACAAACUUAUCGGUACGGACGAUACGGAGGAGGCUCAAAGCAUAAUGAGGGAAAAAAUACUAAAGUCAUUCUCCGAAUACCAAAGGAGAGGAAGUGGAUGGAGACUACGCAAAGUUACCCAGUUAGAGAUCCACAUCGGAGAAUUACAACCCCUCAGGGGUAAAAAACACGAACCUCUACCCAAAUCCAUGGUAAGUAAGAAGGCUAUUAUUAAUUUGAAAAACGACGACGACGAAUGUUUCAAGUGGGCUAUCACACGUGCCUUAAACCCUACCGACAUCCGUCCGGAAAGAAUCACAACGGAACUUAAUUAAUUAAAGAACAAUCCAAAGAGCUAAACUGGGAAGGGACCGAAUUCCCAACACCCUUAAAUAAUAAAUUCGAGAAAAACAACAAUAUUUACGUCAACAUGUUGAGCGCCGACGAAAGCCUUAAGGUGUAUUACCCCUUACGGGUAUCCGGAAAAACCAACCUCAUAAGACUCUUUCUAUGGAAAGACCACUACAGUGUCAUUAAGGAUAUGUCGAGGCUUGUAGGUUCACAAAUCAGUAAAAACGAACACAAAAAAUACAUAUGUGACCGGUGUCUUAACGCAUUCGGAUCAAGCGAACUCCAAUUAUGUUCGAACAACGAUUACCAAAGACACGAAUACCCAAAACCCGGAAGUACCACAAAAUUCGAAAACUACGGAAGAACACAGACAGUCCCGUUCGCUAUAUACCCAGACUUCGAAUAUUAUAUCGAAAAACUAAAUGCAAAAAACCAAAAACCAAACGAGUCAAGCACCACAGAGUACCAAAAACACAACCCAAGCGGAUUCUGCUACUACGUCAAAUGCUUCGACGACACCAUAUAUAAACCUAAGCUAGUACACUAUACCCAGCAACACGAAGGAGAAGAAGACAUCACCAAAAAAUUCGUGGAUAUGCUAGAAGAGGAAACCAAGGACAUCUACAACCGAUUCAAAACACCGACUUCCAUUCGAAAUCGAAGGAAAGGUCAAUCAAAAUAUGCUUUGUGGUUUAAUGUAUAGACACUCUAAUGGUAACCUUUACGUUUUUCAAAAUUAUUUGAAAUCCAUCUUAGAUAAAAUUCAUAGACAAAAUAAACAGUGUUUGAUUUUGGGCGAUUUCAAUUUGUAUCUUCUAAAAUAUGAAACUCAUAUUGCAACAGACGAAUUUAUAAAUAAUUUAGGCACAUAUUUUUUUCAGCCACAUGCAUAUUUUACAACCAACACGGAUAACUGACCAUACAGCUACUCUUAUAGACAAUAUUUUCUAUAAUGCCUUGGAGCAGUUCACAUUAAGUGGCAAUAUAAUUUAUGACGUUACAGAGCAUUUGGCUAAUUUUCUAAUUAUCAAUAAAUUUUCAUGUCUAACAUCUAAUGUUAAGAUAUAUAAGAGGGAUUUUUCGAAAUUUAAUGAAACUGAUCUAUUGAGGUACAAGCUGUUGUCUGGCAAGAGGUUCUUGCUAGUCAUGGUUUUGAACCCUCGUUAAUGUUUGAUUCAUUUUAUGCAAAAGUUUCUUCUAUUAUCGAUAAGCAUAUUCCUAUUAAGGAAUUAUCAAAAAAAGAGCGCCAAAUUCAAUCUAACCAUUGGAUAACAUCAGGUAUAAGGAAAUCCAUUCACAAGAAGAAUACCUGUUAUCAAAGAUACUUGAAAACGAAGUCUCAACAAAAUUAUUUAAAAUUUAAAAAAUAUAGAAAUAAAAUAAAUCAUUUGACCCGAAUUAGUAAAAAAAUUAUUACAACGACUAUUUUAAUGAUCAUUCAAAUAAUACUAAGCUGGUAUGGAAAGGAAUUAAACAAAUUAUAUACAUGAAACACCCAAAUUCUAAUUCAAUCUCAACGAAACUUAUACAUGAUGGUCAAGAGAUCACUGGAACAAAGGAAAUUGCAAAUGCUUUUAGUAGUUUUUUUUUCUAAUGUGAGAGAUCGACUUGCCACUGAUAUUCCUCAUGUCAGUAAAUCGCCGCUUGACUACAUUGAUACAUGCAACUCUGAGAGUUUUUAUUUAUUUCCUACCACCGCCUCGCGGAGAUUGAAAGAGAAGUCUCAUGUUUAAAUACCAGCAAGACAGUGGGUCCUAACAGUAUACCUAUCAAAGUAUUAAAACUUCUUCAACAUGUUCUCUCGAAGCCAUUAGAGAUUUUAUUUAAUGCUUCCUUUGCCACUGGUAUUGUACCUCAAAGUUUCAAAAUAGCUAGAAUUAUACCAGAUUUUCCAAAAGGGAGAUUACAGAAGUUUAAAUAACUAUCGACCAAUUUCCCUUCUUUCUAUUUUUAAUAAACUACUAGAAAAACUUAUGUAUACUCGUCUGAUCAAUUUUCUUGAGAAGAAAUGUAUACUUUAUGACAAACAAUUUGGCUUUCAUUCACAUCACUCAACAGAGCAUGCGAUUCUUACUAUUACUGAUAAAAUCCAAAAUGCUAUUGAAAAUCGAAGCUACUCGUGCGGUAUAUUUUUAGAUUUUAGCAAAGCCUUUGAUACUGUCCAUCAUGGCAUUUUAAUAAAUAAGCUAGAAAAAUAUGGUAUUAGGGGUGUUGCAAAAGAUUGGUUUGUUUCAUAUCUUACUGAUAGGCAACAUUAUGUGUCUGUGAAUAAUAUAAUGUCUAAUUUCCAUAAAGUAAACUGUGGUAUACCCCAAGGAUCUGUUUUGGGCCCCCUCUUAUUUAUUUUAUAUAUCAACGAUUUUCAUGAAUGCUCAGAUCUAUUUGAUUUCCAUCACUUUGCUGAUGAUUCCAAUUUAUUUUAUGAAAACAAGAACAUAUCAGUGCUAGAAUCUAAAAUUAACAAAGAGUUGGUUAACAUCCACGUCUGGUUAUGUGCAAAUAAAUUAUCCCUAAACAUUGAAAAAUCAAAUUUUGUUACCUUUCAUCCUUACCAAAAAAAACCUGACAUAGACAUAAAUCUUAGUAUUUCUGGUAGAUACCUUAAAAAGGUUGAUCAUAUUAAAUAUCUUGGUGUUUUUAUUGAUUCCCACCUGUCUUGGAAAUACCAGAUCAGCCAUAUUGCAAAAAAAAUUAGAAGAGGUAUUGGUAUUCUUUCUAAAGUUCGUUACUUAGUAAAUACUGAUAUCCUUGUAAAAGCAAGUUUAUACAUGCCCAUAGGCAUUAUAAACUUAAGUUAAUGAAACAAGCGUUCGGAUAUAACCAAAGUUGUGCAAAGUCCUUUGAUUAGACCAGGUUAGGCACAAAGGUCAGUCUAAAAACGCGUGAUCACUCACGUGCAAAGCACUCGGUAAAUAACAAUGAACCACUGUCAAACACUUCUUCCCAUGCAUGCGGGAAAAUAGACCAAUCAGGUCCUACUGUUUUGUUUGCUUAUGCUUCCUGCCUGGGCUACAGGCUUCAUUGUGUCGCCGGUGAGCCAAAGUGAAGGACACUUCACAGCAAAAAAAAUUGCUUAAAUUUGUAAUAUAUCUCUCACGAGGCAAUGCCUACCGCCCGACGCCAACGCAUAGCUGUACAACAACGCGCAGAGAAUGCAAAUGAGCCAUCGGUAAACGAUCUUCGACAACAAUGUCUAGACAAAGGUUUAUCUGACCAUGGUCGUCGAAAUACGCUGGUCGCGAGACUGCAACAACAUGCUUCAACGUCGUCGUCGAACAAUACCGCCACAGAAGCUGCGACAAUUGUUGAUAUUGCGAACAACAGCGAGCAAACACCACUCGUCGAGCGAAGAUCUGUGUCACACGAAAGCUCAAGCGAAAACCCUCUACUGAACGACGCUCAGUUGGCCCAAAUCCAAUCAAUCGUCGCGAAGACGGUCGAACAAUCGGUGAACGAUAUCGCAACAAACGCCGCUCGUGCUGCAGUACAAGCCAUGGCAACUGCGCCUACGAAUGAGCCACAACAAACCACGGGCACGGAGCUUUGCCCAGUGUUGAUAAACCACAUCACGCCAAUCUCGACGCCAAGGUUCCAAACGUUCGAGCCCGAAGCGCCACAUUCCUCUUCGCAGAGUCUUCCCGCUAGUAAUCAUCUCCCAUACGGACAAUCUUUCCACGACCUACCGGCAUCGUACGUGAAGAAGAUCCAGUCGGGUGAGUUUUUUGAGCUGUCAAAACUUUUGCCAAAAAAUUUAUGCAAUACGGUAGAUGAACAGCCCGUUGUACUAACGGUCGAAAACUCUAUUGUUAAAGUUAAGCAGUCCACUCAGUCCACAACAAAUAUCACGGACAUUGAUAAGUGGACAACAGCCUUCACCACCUAUAUGAGCGUUUUCACGCAUCAAUUCCCUAACAGAGCCCAGGAAUUGUUGCAAUAUAUGACCAUUAUUCGCCAUGCUGCUCAUUGUCACAAAGGGGUGGGUUGGUGUAUUUACGACAUCAAGUUUCGUCGGAAGGCUGGACUUAGCCUAUCCCUCAACUGGUCCGAAAUAGAUCAGCAAUUAUGGUUGAUGACCUUUGCAGUACCACCAGCCAGUCUUAGAGAGGAAUACCCUCUUUUCCAUAAAGGACCCCAACACUAUGCCACCCCGGGGAACGAACAAGGGGGCAUUUGCCGAGAUUUCAAUAGGAGCGGCGCUUGCAAACGAGCGCAGUGCAGGUACCGACAUAUCUGUAAUCGCUGUGAAGGGGAACAUGCCGGUCUUUACUGUACAGAGAACGAAAGUCUACAACCAUAUAGAAAACAAGGAAAGGUCCAUUCAUCCAGCAGCCAGCGCCAUUCCAACCAAGACAAACGAUAG